CGUAUAUCAUAAUAUAAUACAGAGAACGUAUAUCAUAAUAUAAUAUACGUACUCUGAUGACAGCUGAUGUCAAACUUAUAAAAAGAAAUACAAGAUAAGAUUGAAAAAUUUGCCAUUUGAAUUGAUGGUGUUGUGAUAGACGUUUUGGUUUUCGUAUAAUCGACAAACUUUCUUGUUUUUGAUAAAGAAGUACGCACUUUCUACAAUACAUUUCCCAAACGUGAAUAUUUGCAGUAGCAAAUAUAAAUACAAACCAAUGGGAAAUUCAAAUUCCAGGAGUGACUCCGGAAGCGAUGCGCCGAAUGGAGGGUCAGGUGGUGCUAAAGAAAAACCCCCGAAAUCCACCCAAACUAUUCCUAAAGGAGAUGGAAAUUCAUUUGCUAAUAAUAAUGCUAUGUUAAAGGCAGAACGAUCCAUGAGUAGAUCUGCAUCAGGUGCGGAUGUUACGGAGAAGUACUUAACCCAGCUUGUGCCUAUAGAAAAGUUAUCCGAAAUUCUUAAAGGAAAGUCUGCCAAGCACGGUGUCAACGGCAUUGUUUCAGACGUGUUUGUGUCACAAGUUUUUCCUCAAUAUGCCGAUUUAGGCAAAAGAUUAUUUCGCCUAAUGCAUACAGCAUCUAAAGCUAGAACAGCUUAUUUAGGCACAGUGGCAUUCCGUCAACAAUGUGAACGUUUUCUUGGUAUAAUGGAUGAUGGAAAAAUUUUAGAGUGUUAUAUAAAAAUGUACGCUGAAGAAGACAAUCCAGACUUCAUUACGAAGGAGGGUGUUACACGUUUGCUUUUUAUUUGCUACACAAUAGCGAUGCAACAUUCUGGCAACGCAGUUCUCUGUCCAGCAAUUAACCGUACAUUUGGUUCGGUGACUAAAUCAAUAUUUUUUAGCAACGACAGUUUGAGUGUGGGUUUUGUUUGUCGUUGGUUUGAACAGAACCUUAUUCGUUUAGUAUUGUUGGUGCACAAAUAUUGUUUACACACAUUAUCAACUUCAUAUAGAGGUCUCGAACAACAAACUCAAUCAUGCGGAAUUGAACUUCAAACUCCAGUUUUAGAACAACGAAAUCCAUUCCCAGAUGCUGGUGUCAUGACCUUUGAAUCUUUAAUGCCGUUAUCUCAAGCAUGGUUAUUGGCUGGUGGACUACCUCCCCUUUUUUCUAAGCCACAGACGAUACAAUCACCAAGUUCAAAUAAAUCAUCUGCAGCUCAAAUCUUUAAAGAGAAACUUUCUAUGAUGCCCUCACAUUGGACUUUGCUGUAUGACUCAAAUGAACACGGUUUAGGCGCUAAUCGCUUUUUGCAUCACGUGCUUGGUUAUCGCGGCCCAACGCUUGUAUUGAUACAUACCAAGGACGACCAGACAUACUGCAUUGCUGCGCCAAGUGAAUGGAAAGAAACUCAUUUAUAUACAGGAGGCGAAGGCAGUUGUAUAAUUCAACUUUUUCCAAAAUUUGUGAUAUUAGAGAAAAAGCCCAACAUUUUGUACUUAAAUACAAGCAUACGUGGGUAUCCAAAGGGGUUUCGAGCUGGUUCAGAUCCACGUAAACCUGUUAUCUCUGUGGACGAACACUUCGAAAAUGUGGAUUGCAAAGGAUUAGCUGCUGUGCUAACUGCAAUUGAGGUAUGGGGCUGUGGUGACAAGGCAUCACGUGAUGUUCAAUUGGAUAUUAAGAAAUGGCAAAUCAAGGAAGCUGAACGGCAAAGGACUGUAAAAUUAACUGCAGCUGAUUGGAUGGAUCAUCCUGAUCGCUACCUAUUAGAGCUAGGCGGUCGCACAAAUUACAAUAAUUGAUAAAUAUACACCUUUUGUUGAUGUAUGCGUAAUUUUUCGUGCCUUUAGCCACUGGCGUUAGCAAUAGUUAUAAUCAACAUCUAUACGGGUACAUAGCCAAUCAUUUUUGUUACGCAUACUUAUACUGUUUGGGUAAUUGAAGACCUUAAAGUAGAAAAGACAUGCCUCGACCAGUCAAUAAUUCCAGUGUAAUAAUUUUAAGUGUAACGAUAUGACGAUAUUUCGGUUUAUAUUUAGUUUGUCGUUAAAAAUGUUUUAGUAUGAGUACUUAUAUAUAUGUAUAUACUCGGUGGACAGUCAUUUGGGCUGUACCUUAAUUUGUAAAUUGUUGAAAUUUUUUUAUUUCCAAUAGACGACAGAUAUAUAUAUAUGUAUCUUCAAUUGGUACGUCCAAAAGGUCUUUUGUAAAUUAGUGUCUUUGCAUUAUUAGUCCAAAUAUGUACUUAAUUUUAUAAUAUUUUAACAAUUUUUGAACUCAAACGUCCAUUUUAUUGUUAAUUGUAAUAAUAAUAAUAAUAAUCAUAAAAAUAAAAGGAUAAAAAAAUAUUCAGGGUAAAUAAUAUUAAAGGUUUCAUACUAUGACAACAAAAUAAAUUUAAGUCAGAAUUUUUUUGCAGGCACAAAAAACAAGUAACACUUUAUCCCUUUUACUAUUCUGAACUUUCUUUUGCAUUGUGUUGAUUUAGCUUGUUUCAUUAUGUGAACUUGGUUUAUUUAUAAAUAUCAGCAGAAAUUUUAAUGCGACUAUUUUUCAUUUAUGAUUUCCAUAUAAAUACACGGAAUUAAGAGAAUUGUUGUAUAAUAUUUUAUAAUUUAAUUUCGUAACUCAGCACUUUACUAUUUUGCUAUAAGACUAUAUUAUUUAUAACCCUUUUAAGUGUACUGCAUAUAUUUCAUAUUUGUUUUCUAAUUAACUACACUGAAUUUACAAACUUUUUUUCUACAUUAUUCGACUUUUGAUUUAGAAUGUGAAAAUGUAUAUAUAUAUAUGAUUUAUAUCUACACAUGCAUAUCGUGUGCCAGCGCAGAUUAACAAAAUACAUACGUAUUUUAACCCA